AUGUCCACAAACAAUUCGAAAGAGGGAUCCUUGUGGCAAGGGGCUGCGGAAUCCUCAUAUUUGUAUUGCUAUCAACAAUUAUUCCGUUUUCCCGUGCCGCGCGUGGUCGCCACGAUGGAUCAGUCAAUAAUCCGCAUCACCAAGGAGCUAGCAGACCUCCAAAGGUCGUCUGAUCUCGCCAUUGCGGUCGCCUGCCGGGACGUUGACGUGCGUAACGUAAAGGCGCUCAUUGUUGGACCGCACGAGACCCCGUACGAAUUCGGAUUCUUCGAAUUUACCAUCAAGUUCCCCAAGACCUAUCCCUCGAGCGCGCCUAACGUCCAGUGUAUUACUACGAAUGGUGGACGCUGUCGUUUUAACCCAAACAUUUACGCUAAUGGGAAAGUUUGUUUGUCUAUUCUAGGGACCUGGAGGGGCGAAAGAGGCGAAGAAUGGUCCUCUGCUCAGGGCAUGGAGUCCAUUCUACUAUCAAUCCAGAGCUUAAUGUCCUCAAAUCCAUAUGAAAAUGAGCCUGGCUACGAAAAUGCCAACGAACCGGAGGAUAAAGGAAAGCAAGAAGCCUACGUACAAAAAAUUCGUCACGAGUCUUUGAGGAUAUCCGUCAUUGCACGCCUCGAGGGAUAUUUGGGUCUGAGACCUGAUGGUACUCGCAUCCCACCAAUCCAGCCAAAAUCUGAUCAAGAGGGGGAAGAUGAGGCAAUUAUACCCUUCGAGCCAUUUCAAGACCUUUGUAAGCGACGUUUUCUCUGGUACUUUGAGUCCUAUAUGGCGGCUAUUCGACUUGGCCAAUCGAAAACGAAGGAUGGAACCCGCUUCAUGCUCAUGCCAUUUGAGGCAACUGGUAGCAACGGCAUGGACGGAAAGUUCAACUACGAAGAUCUCGAGCGUCGCCUCCGGAAUAUCAAAACCGCACUUAGCGAUGAGUUGGUGUCCUGGGCCCAAGGUGGCCUGGCGGCGCAACUCAAUGACUCGACUGUGGCCGUCAACUUGCGCCACCAAUUCGAGCAGAUGGUUGCCUACUUCCGGCGUGGAGAUGUGCCGCACAGCGUGACUCUGGAAAACGACAACGCUUUCGUUUGGAUCCUCACAUAUUUCGGGCGUCCCAUGACCAACCUAGACGGUGGCAUUAUCCGGAUCAAGCUGCACUUUAGUCCUCGUUUCCCAACUGAACAGCCACGCGUCGCUUUCCAAUCCAAAAUCUUUCACCAUCAAAUUGCACCAGACGGCACAUAUUGCUACAACCCCCCGGCAAACGCCUCCGGUGACGUCCGCAGUCAUAUUGAAACGAUUUUGGGGGUCCUGGAAGACGAUCAACCCGCGUACGACCCGCGGAAAAUCGUCCAUCCCGAAGCAACCAAGUUAUACUGGAGCAAAAUCCCGGAUGAGAAGAAGCAGUACAAUCGAAGACUUCGUCGAUCUAUACAAGAUAGCAUGGAAGACUUCCCCGAAUAA